AUGAACAGGGCCAGAAUGGGGAACGAAGGUUCCAAAAGCCGUUUGAGUGACCACGUCGCACUUCCUAAUUCAUCCAAUCCAACUCCGAACAUCAUCAUUACACGUCCUUCACAAGUGGACUGCCUGGAAAGCCCGAAACCUAGAGCACCACCGCCGACACCGCUUGAUGGAAGUUACUACUGUACGGACAGUCCAGUACCAAACGAACCUCCAUCGACACCACACAACAGUGUGUACGACUUGGAUCCGCGAGAAACGAUGGUAUUAGCUGGUACUCCUCCUCCAGAUCGUCCACCACCACCUCCACCCGAUGAACCGCUUCACAAUGGCAACGGGAGUUAUUUUGGUGAAAGCACGAUCAUACAGUCGGACGAGGGUUCAAAUCCGCCUCCACUACCACCCAUGCCUGCACCGCGGACUGGCUUCCCCGUAAUUAAAAGGAAUAUUAUAUAUGCAAAGGUAGUUGCCACUGAAUUUAAAGAUCGAAUGAAUCAAUUUGACGCAUUGAAUACGACCAAUAGACCGAAAUCGAAACAAAGCGAGGAAACUCAUCAAAUGAAAGAUUAUUUCGCUCGACGCGACAGUUCACUCAACUAUGACGAAUAUCCUAUCUACAAUCCAAUUACUGACUACACAUUCAAAAGUGGAAUGACUUUCCAACAAGGAGCAUAUCCGAUUGAUGCGUCUAACUAUGACGAAUAUCCUAUCUACAAUCCAAUUACUGACUACACAUUCAAAAGUGGAAUGACUUUCCAACAAGGAGCAUAUCCGAUUGAUGCGACGCGUAUCAAUAUCGGUUUUGUUGGACGACAAGGAGCUGGAAAGUCCACGUUAAUAAACGCCAUACGAGGUCUAACGAUGAGUGAUCCACAAGCUGCUGGCCGUCAUCCCUGCAAUCACAUGGAGCCUUUCCGAUUUAUGGAAGAAGAAUUUCAAAAUAUGAUUCUGUGGGAGAUACCGUAUCCACGCGCUUUCGCUUCCGUAUCUGACAUAUACGAUAGGAACAUGGGUUUUGAUCGUUUCUAUGAACGUACACAUCUAACAAUGCUUUCCACAAAAUCAGACGAUGACCUCGAUGCCGAAGCAAGGGAAUUCGGACGUUCUAUAGACAGUACUCUCAAGAGGGAAUACGAUGCCAGAGCGCGGAGCGUUUUCACGAAAUCUCUAAUGAUGAAGGCACAAAUACUGACAUCUGUUGAGUUACUACUUAUAAGUAGCCCUGUUGUGAAGAAUUUGCUCAGUGGAACAAUCGGCUAUCUUCAUUACAAACUGGAUGAGGACAAACUGCUAGAAUUACUCGAACUUGGACCAGGAUGCCACUAUACGUUAGAGAACAAACUACGGAAAAGUAGAGACGCCGACAACGUGCGACGACCCACAGCACUGGACCGUAGCAUCGAGGAUAUCGCGGUUAUGACAGAACGCACUCGAGACACUUCGUCGAUGUUUCCACCACGUCACAUCCAAAAAUCAACAGUUCUUGCCGAUGCUGGCUUCGAGAUAAUGUUCGGUACUGAUGAUCGAGUAUUCGGUAACCUUGAGCCGAAAUCCACAGUUCGACGAGCUGGCCGAACAGCCUUCAAUUACGGAUUUAUUGGUGGUCACGGUGUUGGGAAGUCGGCAAUGAUAAAUGCGAUGAGAGGAAUGUCGUCGAAGCAUCCGCUCGCCGCUGGGAAGUCUCGUAUCAAACGUGGAACAUGCGAACGUUUCGAAUUCGACGACGAUUUGCUCAAGUACAGCGUUACCUUGUGGGAGCUCCACUAUCCGAAAAAAAUUAGCGCCAUAUUUUGA